AUGCCCCCCUACUCCAGAAUGAUUAUUCUCCCUCGGACCAGCUACUUCCACCCUCUACGAUUAGGUUUAAAAGCUACACUCGUAGCUAAUCUUCUCGUUCUAGGUCAUGUUCUGCUGACAACCUCAGCUAACGCUCCAAUCCCAAUCCACCUCAUCCCUCUACUGCCUAAAGCAUUGUCUACCCUCUCUGCUCUGAUCUUCCUCACAUUGCUAUGGAUCACUUUCACGCUCAUUGAAAAUUGCGAUAUACACACCAAGACUUGCCCUAAAGAGGCUGAGAAGGGGAUGGUAUUCGGUAAGACUUGGGUGGAGGGCGGUUGUCAGGUGAUCGUGCUGGCCUUUUGGCUCGGGUACUGGAAAGAUGCUGAAGUGAUUAUGGAAUCCUUCUCCCAUCACCUGUCAGGGGAAUUCGUCCUUCUCCCGCUAACAUUCUUUUCCACCAUCUUAUCACUCAUCUUACUCAACCUUCAUCUCCUAACUUCUAUCAUCCUCUACGCCAAGCGCCAGGGAUACAACAGCCUUAAUAGGGAAUUAUGGUGUGGUAAGACAGGUUGGUGGGUAGGUAAAGUCCAGCUUGAACAGGUCGUUAUACUUGAUGUUGAGCAAGGGCUAGGAGAAAAGCGAUAG